AUGUCUGUAGGUUCUCGAGAGCAUGUUCAGUUGGAUCAAAAGUUUCAGCGAUUGUCACUAGCAACAGAUAAUAAACUGUAUGAAACAAUCAACUUAAUUUUAUCAAGAAUAGCUAAUGUGUCUCAUUACGACAAAAUUAUAGAAAGCGAACAGAAAGCUGACGAAGAGGAUCUCAAUAAAGCAUCAGGUAUCCUUGUGGGUAAUGUGAAAAUCCCACAUGAUAUAUGGAUAAGAGGUGAUAUCACCAUAAAGGAUAUAAAACUAAAAACGUCUAUUUUGAUAGAAAUAAACAAUAUGAUACAGCAAGACAUUGAAGAUGAAAACAGGGAUGAAGCUGAUGUUAAAACUAUGAGCUAUUAUAUCAAGAUUUUGGCUGCCUAUAAGCUACUUAUUAUGCCUUCCAAAUUGUCCCCCAACGGUCAGCUUGUUGGUAAUGAUUUUACAUUGCGAGAAGAGGAAGAUGAGGGUGAGGAAGAUGGUGAGGAAGCUGAUUCGUCCAUGGAAGAUGGCCAAUCUUUAGAAAGGUACAGGACUGACGACUAUAAAUCUUUCAUAUCAGGUGGAUCUCCCACGUUAAAUGGAAUCGCUCUGUCCAGUGCUCUGAUCACUAGUAAGUCGAGAACAAGUGGCAUUAGAUCUCCAUUUUCUCGCGACUCAUAUACUCGAAAGAGGCUCCUGUCCAUUUUAAAUCAUAAUGAAAGCUCGAAGUUUGAGCAGGUAUCACCCACUCCGAACGAAUUUGAUGAUAAAAAACAGGUGUUUAAUAGCUUAUUUGCAAAGUCAAGGAUAUACAAUAAGAUUAAGAGACAUCGCGAACUGUCAAGUUCAAUGAUAUCAAACAUUUCUAAUCAAUCAGGAUAUAGCCAAAGGGACAGCAUCAGUACAGCUAGCACUAAUACAUCACGAUCAAGAAACAGAAUAGGAUCAAAUGUAUACCCUACCGAGUCAUCAGAUCUUAAGUUAUCGUCGAUGCAGGUAAAUGCGAUUCUACCACUUUAUAAUUAUAAUGAAAAGCAAGAAAAUCAAAAAAACAAGUACGAGUAUUAUGGUCAGUUGGUGAGGUUGUCAAGCCUAGUUCAACUGAUCGUUCAGGAAAGAGGAAAAUCUCUAAUGGCUAAGCAAUUACUUGAAUUUAUUAAAAGUAACGUAAUUAAAAUGAUUGUUGUCGAUAUAUAUCAAAUGAUCACUGAUUAUGGACUCACGGAGGCCUUCAAUCUGGCAAAAGUAUAG